AGUGACGCCGAGCGGCCGUAGCGACGUUUGUUGGGAGUUUAGACAAGCGGAGGGAGCAAAAUGGCGGACGAAGAUAUUACGCUUGAUGGAAAACCUCUACAGUCGCUCCGAGUUGCGGAUUUGAAAGCUGCCCUGGAGCAAAGAAACCUCCCGAAAAGCGGACAGAAAAACACGCUGAUUAAGCGACUCAAAGGGGCUCUGAUGCUGGAAAACCUGCAGAAAUCAUCCUCCUCUCACAGUGUGCUGCAGCCAAACUCUCAGAUUGGGGAGGAGAUGUGCCAGAACAGCUUCAUAAAACAGUACUUGGCCAAACAGCAGGAGCUCCUCCAUCAGAGGCUUGAGAGAGGGGCCCAGAGGGGAGAAGAGGCUGAUGAAAGUCCAGCUGGACCAGAGGAGGAUGAAGACCAUUCUGAAGACGAAGACAGCUCAUCAUACGUUACAGAUAAAAGUCAAACGUUACCGUCCCAACCCUCGGGUGCUCCCGGUUCUACUUUCCACCACCAGGAGUCUCCUGAAGCUUCAGGAGUCAAGCUGCAGCGAGGACACAAGGAGGCCCCGGCCCCCUCUCCUCCUCGUGCGGUCGCCUACCUGUCGGUGCGAGUCCUGGGACAGCCCGGUGGCCCCCCUGCUGCAUCCCGCUCCCAGGAGAAGGAGCAAACGGUUGAUCCCGGAUCGGCUCACUCUGCCCUUAACCUCAGUCGCUCUGUUGGGAGAUCAGCAGGAAAUCACGUACAGGAGGACAGCGACGACGACGAUGAAGUCAACAGUGAUGAUAGUGAUGAAGAUGAGGACUGGGGGUCCAGUUCUAGCAGAGCAGGGAUGCGGAAAAGAGCGCCUCCCCCGUUGCCACACGCGGCUCCCAGUAACUCCUCAGCUGCAGCGAGAUCCAAACGCAAGCUUCAGCCUCCGCAGCACAUCCUACCCCCGCCGCAAGUGGACCCCACUCCCAUGCAGCUGCGCCACCCCACGCCUCCUCCUUCACCUCCUCAUAACCUCUUCCCUUUGCCAGACACUCCCAAGCAAAGUCCUCCCGACGAUCAGGAGCGGGAUGGGCUCCGAGAUCCACAGGUGACGCCUUUCCAAUCUUCCGCAAGACAGAGGAAAGAUUCGGAUUCAAGCUCUCGCUCCAGCAGCCCGGAACCCCCCGUCAGAGGCAGGCCAGGGCCCCUUUCUCUGCUCGUACACAAGAUGGAGACAGAGGAGGCGUCUGCAGCGCCGGGCUCGUCAGGAGAUUCGGCACACUCCCCUGCCGGCUGUUCCAGGGAACCUCUGCUGCGAGGAUCAGAAACGAAAAGAGCACAAAAGAGCAGAGAAGACAGGAAGCAUCUGAUGGAGGAGAAGGAGAGGGAACUACAGCAAGAGCAGGAACGAGAGAAGAAACGCCCAGAGGAAGAAAAGAAGAAAACACAACUGGAGGAGGAGAGGAAGCAGCGCCAGGAAGAGGAAGAGGAGAGGGAGAGAAAACACCGGGAAGAGGAAAAGGAGAAGAAACAUAAGGAGGAGGAGGAGAAAAAAAUAAUACAACUAGAAGAGAAGAAAAAGGAAAGGGAAAGAAAACACCGGGAAGAGGAAAAGGAGAAGAAACAUAAGGAGGAGGAGGAGAAAAAAAUAAUACAACUAGAAGAGAAGAAAAAGGAAAGGGAAAGAAAACACCGGGAAGAGGAAAAGGAGAAGAAACAUAAGGAGGAGGAGGAGAAAAAAAUAAUACAACUAGAAGAGAAGAAAAAGGAAAGGGAAAGAAAACACCAGGAAGAGGAAAAGGAGAAGAAACGUAAGGAGGAGGAGGAGAAAAGAAUACAACUAGAAGAGGAGAAGAAAAAGGAAAGGGAGAGAAAACACCAGGAAGAGGAAAAGGAGAAGAAACGUAAGGAGGAAGAGGAGAAAAAAAGAAUACAACUAGAAGAGGAGAAGAAAAAGGAAAGGGAGAGAAAAUGGCAGGAGGAGGAAAAAGAGAAGAAACGUAAGGAGGAAGAGAAGAGACGAGAGGAGGAACGGCUAAAGAAGGAAAAAACUCAGGAAAAAGCCAAAGAAGAGAGUACGUUGGCGGCUGAGACUCAAGACUCUGGCUCGUCUUCAGAUUCUGACUCCAAAUCAGACUCCUCUUCAUCACCACGCUCCUCCUCUUCCUCCUCUCCUUCCUACAGGAACAAAACCCAAACGGUCAGUCAGCCUAAGACGUCGGUCCAGAGACCAGAGGCAGAUGAUGAGAAGGAGACCGGUGUGGGUAAAGUGUCAGAGAAACCAAGCCUUUCUAAAAGGGAGGUUUCGGAGCCCAGCACAGCAGCUGUUACAGAGGUGGAACCAGACUCGGAGAGCUCCAUGGCCCAGCAGCCAGCAUCUGGGUCAGAGCCGGAGAGCAGCGAGAGCCGUCCAGAGGAGAGCACCACUCCUAAGGCUUUUGCCGCUCGCAAGAUCUCUUUAACCAGCAGCAAAGCAUCUCCAGCCUCAACAGAUGGAGCUGCAGCAGACGCCGAGGUGGGAAACGCAGGUGGGAGGAAGCGGCGGUGGGGCUCCAGCACGGCAGUCACCGUUAAGAAACCAUCGAUAAGCAUCACCACCGAGUCCCUGAAGUCUUUGAUACCAGACAUCAAAGUGAAGCAGGAGAUGGUUGUGGACCUUCACCCCGAGGAGCUGCAGUUGUCUGGAGACGAGGAGAGCCUGGACGCCAGCCUGAGCGACCCAGAUAAAGGCCUCAAGAUCCGGCGCACCGUCACACAGGUUGUUCCCAACGACAGCCAGGAGAACGGCCAGCCAAGUGAAGAUGUGGAGAAAAUGGAGAAAGAAGACGAAGAGCAGAAGCCCUCUAGAGACAAACGAAAGAGCAGCCUUUCAGACGAAACCUCGGAAACGCAGAUGUCCGUGGAGCUCGAAGAGGAGAAAAAAAAAGUCACCCCCAGCGACAGCCUGGUGCGUCGCUCUAUUAGUCAGCAGAAGUCCGGCGUGUCCAUCACAAUCGACGACCCCGUUCGCUCAACCAGACAGCCCUCGCCACCCCGAGGAAAGGUUUCCAACAUCAUCCACGUGACCAACCUGGUUCGACCUUUUACCCUGCUCCAGCUCAAAGAGCUGCUCAACCGGACAGGAAGUGUUGUUGAGGAGGGCUUCUGGAUCGAUAAGAUCAAGUCCCACUGCUAUGUCACGUAUGCUAGCACGGAGGAGGCCGUCUCCACCAGGACGGCUCUGCAUGGAGUCAAAUGGCCCGCUAGUAAUCCCAAGGUGCUGAGCGUGGACUUCUGCAAACAAGCUGAGUUGGAUUUUCACAAAGGCAUCCUGAAGCCCAAAGUGGAGGAGGACCACGUCGUCCAGCCGACCGUUCCUCCUAACCGGCCGCCCCCUCUGAUGCGCGAUCGUGACAAGGACCACAACCGAGACAAGGAGCGGGAUAGAGACAAGGAGCGGGACAGGGGAGUUCGAGAUCUGUUGGCAGAGCGUCAGAGAGAGAUGGAGCGCCGGGAAAGGACGAGAGGCGAGCGAGAGUGGGACCGCGAUAAAGUCCGGGAAUUUGCGAGACUUGGAGAGGACGGGCGCCGAUCGAGGUCCAGAGAAAGGGAGAGGAGGAGGAGGGAGAGGGCCAAGAGCAAAGAGAGGAAGACGGAGAAGAAGGAAAAAGAUGAACCUCCUGUUAAAUUGUUGGACGACUUGUUCCUGAAGACCAAAGCAGCUCCGUGUAUCUACUGGCUUCCCCUCACAGAGGAGCAGGCAACACAGAGGGUUUUAGACCGCCUAGAGCGCCAGAAGGAGCGCGAGCGAAAGCGUAAGGAGCGAGAGGAGGAGGAGGAGAAAAAACGCGAAGAGGAGAAAAAGGAGAGACUGAAGGCCCGGGAAAAGGACAGCAGCAUGGCGGCGAGCAGCAGAGCGGCCGGGAGGACAGCGGACGGAGAGAGGGAGAGAGACCGCGGUCGGGAACGAGACGGGGACAAGAAGGAGGACGCCGGCCACAGAUCCGGGCGACCCUCAGCAGGCGCCGGUGCCAACAGCGCUCAGCGCGCUCGUAGUCGUAGCAACCCGAGGGACCGGCGUCGCUGAAGGUUACAGGGACCAAUGAGAGGGGGAGGCGGAAGAUGCAGCAGACAGGAAGUGAUGAGAAUGUUUCUUUUGAGGGUACGCCUCCCUGCCUACCUGUUUAAUUUUGUUUUUUCUCUUGUUCGUGUUGACGCCAGCGUUGUCUUCCGCACAUUCUACCAUUUACCCUUUUUAACAUUCACACGCAAAAAUAAAGACCUUUUAGCUCCACUCCUGCUUCUCUCAACAUUAAUGAAAAAAAGUAGCUGAGAACGGUCAUUUUCAGGCGUCACACUUAAAUUUGUCCCUGAGUUUUGGAAGCUGACCUCCAGUUUUUCAGUUCUGGGGCCGUUCACUUCCUGUCUCCUCUGCCCUGUAAUAAACCUGGUACAAGGUAGAUCUCCAACCAUGAUGUCACUUAUUUUCUAGGAUCUGUUUUAUUGUUCCAGUUUUUAUUAGAUUUAAAUAUAUAAAAUAAUCACAAGCAGCCGCCUUCUGUCAGUGAAAUGAUUUUCUGUUACUUUUCUCCGCUUGUCGCGUGGCAGCCGUUUAUCUCAUGAUAAAAAUGCAACGGAUCUCAACACUGUAACACGGGGAGAGUUUGUGUUCAUCGGUUUUGGAUAACAGGAAGUCCUGUAACCAGUCUGGGACCGUACUUGCUCUAAUAUCCACAUUUAGAAACGCUUACAUUUAUUUUUAAAAGAUACAAAAAAAUAAAAAUCAAAAGUUUAUGUCCAAAUAGAGUAAAUUGUUUUGAAAAGUUUGAAUUCCCCCCUCCUGUAAGUGCUGAUUGUACAAAGGGUUUAAGAAAUGAAUAAACUUUAAUUGGUUUACCAAA